CGACUCACCUGACAACACUGCAGUCGCCACCACAGGGACUGACGGCGGUGACGAGUGACGACUAUUGGCCACUGCCACUAUUGACAGUUAGAAUCUCGGAUGCGUCUCGCGACCCGUCUGCCCGUAAUGCUGGGGCUCGGCAGGCCCGCGCGAACAUUCGCGAACACGACGAAGUUGUGACUCGUGAGACACGGCUGACCUAACAGCACCUAACAGACGUACAUACGUCUGUGCUUCGAUCGGCAUGGGCGAGAGUCUGGAGCCUUUUGGGGACGAGACGGAUUUCGCCGCCGUGGAACACGACCGGGUCGACUCACCCACGAGGCACGACACCCGUCUGGUCAAAGGAAUGACAAUGCAGGAUAAUAUUUCGCAAGUACGAAGUGACCGUUGUGAGAGCAACAUGUUUGAAAGCAAAAGCGACUCGGCGUUAUCAAGGAGGAAUGGUAGGGAGAUAAGAUCAAAUUGUUCGACGGACAACAUAAGCCUACCCAUCACUUUCGAGGAGGAUAAGUCUGUCGCCGACGUUCCCAAUACAAAACUUCAAGCUUGCCAGUUGUCCAGUAGCGAGAGUCGCCUUUCAUACGACGAUGAAUCUCUUCGCCAUUCCCGCUGCACGAGUGCUUCGUUACCUGCGAUAGCAUCUUUGGAUUCAUACUUAGUUAGCAAUCAAGUUAGCGCGUUUGAAAAGAAUGUACUUACACGGAGAAAUGUAGCGACAGCUUGCGCCGACGAGGAAGAGACAUUGUUCAAUCGUUUGAACGAGAUGAAAAAUCCUUUAUCUGAUUCACAGUGUUCCAUAAAUGAAAAGACUGUUAAAGCGUGUCAGAGUGAUCGAAUGGAAGAUGAAUGCGAGAAAAAUUACCUUAAAGAACGGAUUGCAGAAGGUGACGUAUCCGAAACGAAACAAUUUUGCAGAGAAACGAUAGAUUCACGAUUACGGGUAAACGAUAACGAGACUGCGAAUGAGCGAAAUCAAACCGAGGUAGAUGUGUGCAAGAAAAAUGGACCGAGUUCAACUCCGACACUAAGUAUAAAUGCGCGAGGUUUAAUAUCCCGGCCAACGUUAGCCGAUGAUAGUAAACUUGUAAAAAUGUCUCUCCUGACGAAUCCAAUGAACAUAAUGCAGUCGAACGUUCAGCUUUUAAACAAGAGCCGUAACUUUUUGAAUUUCAUCACGGAAAAGUCGACGAACAUCAUGGAAAAGGCUUUACUACCGCAGAAUUUGGCGUUGAAGUACAAUCACAUGUCGAAAUCUAUCGAAACCGAUGCCGCGGGAUUUUGUACCGAUAGCGCAUAUCCUUCGACUAACGUAACGUCUGGAUUAGAUACAGAUUCAGCGACAAGUCGGACUAGUACGAUGGAUUGUACGGUAAAACAAAAUCACGACAAGAGCGAGGAUAACUUGGAUAGCGUGAUGAAAAACGAGAAAGAGGCAAAUCCAUUUGCUUGUACGCAAGAAAACAAAACGUACGAUGAUCCUGAAGAACAGCUGUUACAUAAUAAACUUGAGAAUGAAAUAUCAGACGAGAAGAAGUAUCACGUACUUAAAAACAAUGACAGAUUAGAUUGCGACGUGAUCGAUGAACGAGUAAAACGCGACGUGUCGUCGGCAGAGGCGGAUGAAAAUAAAAGUUUUUUGCAGACGGACGAGUUGUAUGAUGUUCCGUAUAAAGAAGACUCGUCUGAUUUCAGUGCAUUGGCAGAUUCAAAUAUUUUAAAAUACGGCUCUUUAGAACAUCCGUUAUAUCUUGCCUUAUUAAAGGAUUAUACCAGUUUAAAAUUCGAGCAUUCAAAACUGAAGAAAAUGGAAUAUUUAAAGAAGUUAAAUCAAUCGAAUAGCUCGCUUCGAGAAACCGAGACGAGUACGGACGCGCUUAUCUUACAAGUGGAGAAUUUGGAGAAAACUGUCAAUAAAUUAACGGCCGACUUGAGCACAUCGCUGGACACGCAAGAAGCUCUGAAGAAGGAAUGUGCCGCGGUUAAUAAGGAGAAGGAAGACAUGGUCAUGAGAUAUGUAACCAGCGAAAAACAACUGAUUGAUAUACAAAGAGUGAGGGAUUCCACGGAACGUAAAGUUAAGGAACUUCUAAAGGAUCAGGAAUUACUGCAAGGCAAGUUGCGCCAAGCGCAGGGCGAGCGCACAAGAAUAUGUAACAUUUUGGACGGAAAAUGUCGUGAAGUAACCGAUCUUCAAAAGGAGGUAGAGAAUUUGAAAGAGGAUGUUAAAUUGAAAGAGAUUAAACUAAAGUGGACGCAAACUAAGCUUAAAACCGAAAUGGAGUCGCAGAAGGAUACUCAGCAGAAGUUGGAUAAAGCUUUGAUGAAAAUAAAUGAUAUGAAGGAAGAGUGCGAGCAGAUACGCCGCGAGACGCAAGAAUCAUUUCGUAAAUUUCAGCAAUCUGAAGAGAACAAAGCUGUGACGUUGGACCAUCAGUUGAAAGAGCACCAGGCACGUUUGAUCUUGGAAAGACACGUUACAGAAGAUAAAGAAACACUGAGACUUCAAUUGCAAAAGGAGCUAGAAGCACUAAAAUCUAAGCAGCAAAACUUAAUUGAAGAAAAUAAGAAGCUUAGCCUAAGAGUACAAGAGUAUCAGAAAGUUCGAUUAAAUAAUGAAAAUGAUUUGAGUGAUUUAAGGAUCGUUGCGGAUCAACGUCAGCAACAAAUAACCGAAUUAUUAAACCAAGUCUCCCAAUUAGAAACGUUAAAACUUCAAUUGCAACAUAAAGAAGAAUACAUAGUGUCAACCGAAGAAAAAUUACUGCAAUUACAAUCGAGCAACGAGGAAUUGCUAUCCGAUAUGCAGGCCUGCCGCCAGAAGGAAGCGAAUAUGUUAGACUUUACGCAAAAAUUAACAGACACGAACGUACGUCUUCAAUCGGAGUUCAUCGCGAUUCAAACAAAGACGAAUCAUCUCGAGUCCGAACAAGGUCCACUACGUGAAUGCAUCAACGAAUUGACCGGUAGAAUCAAAACUUUAGAAGAAGAUUUGAUGCAAGAACGGAAAAAACGGAGAGAGGAGUGUGAGAUUCUGGCUAAGCAUGUCGCUGAACAAACUCAACUCGCGCAGAACUUUGCCCAGAAGUUGGAGGACAGUCAGGGUGAAAAUGCAGUAUUAAAGAGGAAACAUCAGGCUUCCAUAAAAGAACUGACACGGGAAUUGCAACAAUGUCGUAAAAAAUUAGAAACGUUUGAAGUCACAUCUCCCAGUAAUUCAUUGGAUAAUGCAUCCAGGACUGGAUCUAAUACUUCCUUAGCAGGUGAUACAUCGAACGGUGCCUUAUCAGAUAACAACGGUAGUGAUCACAUCAAUUCCAUAGAUCUUAAUAAACAAGUACUAAUGGAUCGCAUCAUCAAACUCCAAAAUAUAAAUGUAAAAAGGGCUGAAAAGUUGGAUUUUUUAAAAGGACAUACACAAAUAUUACUCGAAGAUAUACAAAAGAAAGAAAAAAUAAUACAAAAUUACAUUUUACAUCAGAACUUUGGAGCUUUAACUUGUAACGAAAGAGAUAAAUGCAAGCAUAUCAAAAGCAGAAGAGAUACAGCAGAAUUGGCACGACGUGGAGGUAUAAUGGCAUCCGUUUACAAUCAUCGAGUUUCGGAUGAAAAUAUGACUCUAGAACUUUCUUUAGAAAUAAACCAAAAGUUGCAAGCGGUUCUUGAAGACGCGUUACUAAAAAACAUCACCUUAAAGGACAAUAUUGAUACAUUAGGUAAAGAGAUAGCAAAACUUCAUCUAAAAAUGGAGCAUCAACAAAAACAAAUUGACAAUUAAUAAAUAACUAGUUAUUACAUGUAUAAGUAUGUAUAUAUACUCACACAUAUAUAAAUUAUAAAUAUAU